GCGACAUCGUUUUAGUGUUUGCCGGGCUUUCGUUCUGGAAAGGUCGAUUGUCGAAGUGUUGUUAUUGGUUGGUUCAUAUGCGCGAUUGAAGUUGUGGAGAAAGACUUGGUGAACUUUGUGAAAGAGUUUAAAUUGUGCACUUUUCUUUGGGAGUGUGUCGGUGAAAUCUGUGCAUUUUGUGCACGUGCGCAGGACUUUGUACAAGAGACACCGAGUGGCUGGACAUACCAGGACCGAAUUGCAGAGUUGCGAUGAGAGAGAAGAAAAGUGGUGCCCUUAGUCGAGUCCAGAAGUUGAAGAAACGUCUGAGUCACAGUUUUGGUCGACUCUCUAUUUCCAAGGAAGAAGUGGAAGAUUCUUCCACGCGAGCCUCUAAGUUACCGUACAACGGCUACUCUGACGAGUUCCUGGACAGACUGGAGCCCAAUGGAAACAUCCCCACUGACAAGGAAAUGCGAUACGAUUGGGACGGUCUGGGCGAACACGAUCGGGUACAUCGGCAACUGUCAGUCUCCAGCGACUCCAAACUACUGGACGAAGACAUCCGGGAGGAGGCGAGGGUUAUCCUUAGGCCUAAGAAACCUCCGCGCCCCAAGUCAGAGGUUUUCCUCAAUAAGGAACAGCAAAGGCGGACCAAGAGGUACUCCGCGUUUGGGGGUGACUCGCCAUUUGGCAAGUCUGAAGCUUAUAUCAAAUUAGAGCAACUGGGAGAGGGAUCUUACGCAACUGUUUUCAAAGGUUAUAGCAACCUAACUAACCAAGUGGUGGCCUUAAAGGAGAUAAGACUUCAGGAGGAGGAAGGCGCCCCUUUCACUGCCAUUCGUGAAGCGUCACUGCUCAAGGAACUGAAACAUGCCAACAUCGUCACUCUGCAUGACAUUGUGCACACGCGAGAAACGCUCACCUUUGUCUUUGAAUAUGUACACACUGAUCUAUCACAGUACAUGGAGAAGCACAGUGGGGGUCUGGAGCAUCGUAACGUGAGGCUGUUUCUGUUCCAACUCCUCCGAGGCCUGGCGUAUUGUCACCGGCGGAGAGUUCUGCACAGGGACGUAAAGCCACAGAACCUGCUCAUCAGUGAGAUGGGGGAACUCAAACUCGCUGACUUUGGCCUAGCAAGAGCAAAGUCUGUACCCUCACACACCUACUCGCAUGAGGUAGUGACGCUGUGGUAUCGUCCUCCGGACGUUCUGCUGGGGAGCACUGAAUACUCGACGUCUCUAGACAUGUGGGGCGUAGGAUGCAUUUUUGUUGAAAUGAUCACCGGCGUCCCAACAUUUCCAGGUGUGCGCGAUACGUACGAUCAACUCGACAAAAUAUUUAAGAUUCUAGGUACUCCGACAGAAGAGACUUGGUCCGGGGUGACGCAUCUGCCCGGCUACAAACCGCACAAACUUGGUUUCUACCGAGCGCAGAAACUAGGCUUGGCAUUCCCUCGCCUUUAUGACGUCGUGGAAGGAGAAAAUAUGGCGUCAGCAUUACUUCAACUCAAGGCAGAUGACAGGAUAAUGGCAGAGGAGGCGCUUACGCAUCGCUACUUUUCUUCUCUACCGCACAAACUCUACGAAUUACCAGAUGAGACAUCAAUCUUCAGUGUUGAAGGAGUGUUUUUGUACCCGGAGGGUCGGCCAUGCGCUGUCAAGACUUGAAAAAUCACAAUAAGUACAGUAUAUUUGCUACAACUCUGCAGGGACGAAGUCCCGCGGCCGUCGGACGAUCGGCAUCGAGCACCGUGUUUGACUGGCAACGUUCAGCAUAAAGAGUGUCCACUCAUGUUGGAAAAUAGCAGCUCAGGGACGAUUAUUACAAUUUUACCACCAGGGGGAGCUUUGUGUUUAUUUUGAUCGACGCUUGCCACCGCCACUCAUGAAACUUGCUUCUGCUCACGCUGAAACUUAUCGUGACAUGACUCUGAUGUUCUUGUUGAAUCAUGUAUUUAUUUUAGAAAGGGAAGAGUGGUUAAGUGGGGCAGAGGAAAGCCAAAGUAAAAAAUGUAUUUUGGAAUUUUUUAUGCAAGGUCCAAAGUUGAACUAAUGAAUCCACGAUUCUGAGUUUCUGAUUCAGAAACUGUUGCACUUUAUCUGGAUUUUCUUUCAGGUAAUGAUUUUUUUUUCUUUUGUGUACUGUGGACUACAGAAGUGAGGUUAUGAAACUGUGCGCGAGACUUAGAAUCGCAGGAGGAACAGAAAACACGGAUUAGUUUAAAGUAAUAAUAAUUUUAACCAAAAAAAAAAAGUAAUAUCUAGUGGUGCAUUAGGAAAUCAAAUUUAAAUCAUGGCUUUCAUCAGGAGGAAAAAAAAAAUUCCUUUUGCCAUCUUUGCACUACUCCGCAUAUUAAUUCCUUCCAGAGUGCUCAAUUAAUUAGUCACAGUUAAAGCCACAUUAGUGAGCUGACUGAUUUAUUUCAUAAUGUUAUGCUAAGAUUCCCUCUUUAGCUCUCUGUAAACAUUGAUUAUUAUUUUUUGUCGUACCUUCCAGUUUUUUAAAGGGCGCUAUAUUAGUUAAUUAUUUGAUGUUACUUGUUUUGCCAUAGAUAACUCUUGAACCAUUUAAGCAAAUCUUUAUUUCGAGAGAUCCGACCUCUCG